AUGAGCGGAAAACGACAGCUACCCAGAUCGAACAAUCCGGCACGGAAACGGCCGGUUCCAUGGUAUUCCGGAGAUUUCAUGGAAGCAGUAUUCCCGAUGAGCGGAUCCGAUGACCGGAUUUAUCUGGUUUGGACCGGAACCGACAGGAACAUAUCAAAACCGGUAGCCGGAUACGGUUACCGCUUUUCUCCAUCGGAUUCCUGGCAUUUUACGGGCGGAUUCCGCUCAGAAAUGGCGAGUUUCCUCAGGGAUUUCGUCGGAAAUUCAUGGAAUCCUGCUUUAGGAAUCAUCGUCCUGGGUAUAACAGUACUCUCGGUUAACGACAUCUCACUGAAAUAUUACAAAAAAGAUGUAGCAUGA